AUGCCUGAAAUAAAAUUUGAUUCACAUCCAGGUCUUCAGAAGGAGUGGGAACGUGUUCGGGAGAAAAAGCCACUCGCUGGAUUUGACGUGACCAAGUAUACAUUAGAAGAACCCUCCGAUGCUUCGGGUCUUGAUGCUGCUUCCUGGGAGAAGAGUAUUAAAAUUGCUCAAAUGCAGCUAGAAUAUCAGAAAGAGAAGUUAAUGGAAAAUCUUCAGCUGUUAGAAAAGUUUGGAAGCAACGCAUGGAGAAAGCACAAUGACGGAUUAGAUGCAAUUGCGGAGAGUUUUGACAAUGAUUUAAAGGAGGUGCAAGCGAAAACGCAAGCGAUUAAUCGCAAGCGGAUGAACGACCAACAGCGCAGUUAUGAGAAAUUGAACUCUCUGAAAGAGCAAGCGCUGGAGCUACAGAUGAAGAAUUACAUAAUGACGGUAGGUGGAGAGAGAAAAGAAGAGAGGUGUGGUGACACGUAG